UUUAACACAACCAUGGUUAACCACUUAUUUAAUCUCCUUUCUUAAACUCGUGUCUUCUCACUUUCUUUUCCGACAGUCCACACUUCCACUCAACCGUCAAAAACCUCAAUGGCUUCUUCAUCACGUGCUCUCUCUCUCCUCGCAUUCACUCUACUUCUCCUCGCCGUCCUUUCCACCGUCUCCGGCCACAACAUCACCCAAAUCCUCUCCGAAUCACCUGAAUACUCCUCCUUCAACAGCUACCUCUCCCAAACAAAGCUCGCCGACGAAAUCAACAGCCGCACCACCAUCACCCUCCUCGUCCUCAACAAUGGCGCAAUGUCUUCCCUCGCCGGAAAACACCCACUCUCCGUCGUCAAAAACGCCCUCAGCCUCCUCGUCCUCCUCGACUACUACGACCCCGUCAAGCUCCACAAGAUCUCUCAAGGCACCACUCUCACCACCACGCUUUACCAAACCACCGGUAACGCUCCCGGAAACCUAGGCUUCGUCAACAUCACCGAUCUCAAAGGCGGCAAGGUCGGCUUCGGCUCCGCCGCACCUGGCUCCAAGCUCGCUUCAACCUACACCAAGUUAGUUAAGCAAAUCCCUUACAACAUCUCCGUCCUCGAAAUCGACGCUCCGAUCAUCGCUCCCGGAAUCUUAACCGCUCCGGCUCCCUCCGCCGACGGACUCAACAACAUCACCGGACUUCUCGAGAAAGCCGGUUGCAAAACCUUCGCUAACUUGCUCGUCACGAGCGGUGUGCUCAAGACCUACGUAUCCACCGUUGAAAAAGGGUUGACUGUUUUUGCACCGUCCGAUGAAGCUUUCAAAGCCGAAGGCGUACCGGAUCUGACCAAGCUCACGCAAGCUGAGGUGGUCUCGCUCCUAGAGUAUCACGCCCUCGCUGAAUACAAACCCAAAGGCUCGUUGAAGACUAAUAAAGAAGCAAUCUCCACGUUAGCUACUAACGGCGCCGGUAAAUAUGAUUUAACGACGUCAACCUCGGGCGAUGAAGUUAUUCUCCACACUGGCAUUGGACCGUCGAGACUCGCCGACACGGUGGUGGAUGAGACACCCGUCGUGAUAUUCACGGUGGAUAAAGUCCUCCUCCCUACCGAGCUCUUCGGAAAAUCACCAGCUCCGGCGCCGGCGCCGGAACCUGUAAGUGGACCGACACCAUCUCCGGCUAAGUCGCCGUCUCCAGCGGAAGCACCGUCACCAGUUGCAGCUUCACCGCCUGCGCCUCCAGUUGAUGAUUCGCCGGAAGGAGCUCCGUCAGACUCGCCGACAAGUUCAGAGGACAGCAAUGCUAAAAACGCGGCGUUUCACGUGAGCGCUUCUGCGUACGUCACCACUGUAUUGGUCACACUUGCCGCUACAUCUCUAUUGCUAUAAACAAACCCUUGGAAGCUUUCGUAAUUACGUAGACUGCCAUUCUCUUCUUCUUUUUUCAUUUUCUAAUUUUCUUCUAUUUUUGUGUGUUUCUUAAGACUGAGAUUAGAGAGUGAGGUUUAAGUUUUAAUCUUCUUUUUAAGUAAUGUAGUAUGAUUGCUUUUGUUUUGGACCUCUUGGUGCUACUGUUGAACUUAACUAGUUUCUAGUUUGAGGAUUUUGUCUUGGCCUUUGGUGCAUUUACAAUUACGAAAAGUAAUCACGAUUGUCA